AUUUUUGAUUAAAGAACUGUAUUCUCACAGUCCAACACAUGCAGGUGUGUGGCAGUGGGAGUGAUGCUGGGAAACGUGGGAAACUCCUAUCACAUUCCCAGGACACUCCCUGCCUGGCCACUCUGGUCUCAGAGGGACCAUGAUCCUGCAACAGUGGUUGGUGAUUUUGGCUGCUGUAUUCAUCUGUACAUGCAUGUGCAGCCCGUUUUCACUUCAGAAGAGACGGUGUGCAUUCCACUUGAACGGCACCGCAGCAAACACUGAGCAGAACAACAAAUACGUUACUUCUGGCAAUGUGACCAGGUCAGUGCAGGUCUGUGAGAGCACUCACUGCUGUGUGGGAUAUUUCCGGGUCCUCAGUGGUCAGCCUGUGGUCGACCUUCUUGCGUGUGAUGUCGCUGAAAAGUCUUGCCCAGAUGCCGUCUGCAAGACACAAACGCGCUUCAAGUGGAACUACAUGAAAUGUGUUUGCAACACAGACUUGUGCAACAGCAACAUCACGUGGACACCAGAUUCAGAACAGCCUCAACACACACACUCUAAUUUGGAAGUUGCUGUGACUCUAAUUGGAGCAUUACUCGUCCUGGGCUUUGUUAUCGCUGCUGCCAAAUGGAUACACUUCUUCAAAAGCAAAAAAGAAAAUCUACAAGGUUGCCCUCGUGGUCACAGUGUCUCCUCACGGUUGUCUUGCCAGACCACAAAAAACAAUGAGGUUGAUGUGGCUGAUAUUGAACUACAACAUAUUUUGGCCCGUGGAUAUUUUGCCACUGUCUGGCAGGGGAAAUACCGUGGAUCUGCAGUGGCUGUGAAAGUUUUACCCUCUGAUUGGAAACACAGAUUUACUGCAGAGAAGGAGGUUUAUGAACUGCCACUGAUGAAACAUGCUGGGAUUCUCCCCUUCCUGGGCACUGGGAGGAAACAGGAUGAUGGCAGCUGGCUCAUUGUUCUGCAGUUAGCUGAAUACGGUUCUCUUUGUUCCUUUCUGUGCGCACACACCAUCAGCUGGAUGCAGUCACUGAAGCUGUGCCAGUCUUUAUCGCAGGGACUUUCCUAUCUCCACUCUGACCUUCACAACUAUGAUAUGCAUAAACCCGCGGUGGCUCACAGAGACCUCAGCAGCUCCAAUGUACUUGUGAGAGCAGAUGGUACUUGUGCCUUGUGUGAUUUCGGAUGCUCCACCAUCCUGCGUACUUGUUCAUAUCAAAGCCACCUCAUGGCUAUGAUGGUGAGAAGCAGGCAGCACAGAGAAAUUGGUCAAAGGGGAGUGGCCAAAGAAGAUGGAGACGCUCAUAUUUUUUGUCAGAGGGGCACUCUGUGCUACAUGGCUCCUGAGAUCCUGGAUGGUGCUGUAGACCUACUCAGCAGUAGCUGUUUCAAGCAGGGGGACAUUUAUGCGCUAGGACUGCUGCUGUGGGAGAUCUGGAUGCGCUGCUCAGAUUUAUUUGAAGGCAGUAACAUUCCACAACAUCUGCUGCCCUAUGAAUCUGAGCUGGAGGGCAAUGUAACACUGGAGAGCCUCAUCACGCAUGUGAUUACCAGGGAAAAAAGACCCUCCAUACCUAAACACUGGGAGCUGCUACCACAGGGAUCUGCACUGCAGGAGCUCCUGUCAGAUUGUUGGGAGUUUGAUCCAGACGCUCGAGUGACGGCUCAGUGUGUCGCAGACAGAUUAGACUCUCUUCAGGCUACAAUGACUCUUUUCCCACUUGAUUUACAGUAGUCCACUAGCAACUGUUACCACUGUUGUGUUUUUUAAAUUCUUUGAGGACUACUACAUUUACACUACAGGUGUGUACAUUUUUACCCUCUUGGUGUCAAAUUAUUAACUGUGUGAAGUGAAUGUAAAGCACUGACUUGUGGUAAAUGUUCUGUGCAGGUUCUAGGUUGUCAAAAUGUGCUAAUUAGAGAGUAUAUUUUUCCACAAAGUGUUAAAAUUGAGCUCUGUACUUGUUAAAUAUUUUUUAGAGUACAAUGUACACUGUCAUUUUUUCUGUGUAUCAAACAAUUUCAUGGUUUCUUUUGUGUCACUACUUGUCAUAGUUUUAGAUUGAACGCUAUGUGUUUUCUUGAGCAUGUUUCUAUUACUCACCUUUAAUUUGGUUUACUUAGAAUUACUUAACAUUUUGUGAAUAAAUUCUACACAUUUCCAUUUUGUCAUAAAGAAAGUUGUAGUAUUUGAGAAAUAAUGAAUAAGAGGUUAUUCCUCUAAUCACAGUAGGUUCGAUGUGUUUUUAUUGUGUACCCAUUCUUGUGAAACGAUAUAAUUUUGGUUUGUGUAUUAGUUUACUAUCAUUGUUAUCUUAAUGUUGUGUCUUAACAGUUUUAAUUCUGUAUUUUCAUUUCAUUUUCAUAUCAUUUCUUUUAAUAGUGACGUAAUUUAAUUUUGAAGAGUAAGUAAAUUUGUAUUAUUACGCUGCAACAACCGUGUUGUGUCAUUAUGUCAUGGAAAUGUGUGUGAGAAAAUGGAGCAUUA